AACUAAGGGGUACAGUGUGAUCCACAGAAUCAGUAACGCUAACAGUGGUUAACCCUCAGUUUAGAUACAAUGAAAAUUGAUGAAAUCGGAUAAUAACCACGACCACUUCACGUAAAACAGAGCAUAACUUAUCAAACCAACUAGAUGCCAAAUAUGUGGACAUGACUGCCUGUGGCUGCCACUUUACCGACAAUAUCAAUAAUGCAGUGAAAUAUAACAGUGAUUUUUCAGCUAAUAGUGUGUGCUUAUGUUAAAAAAGUGUAAAAUAGGGUCAGCCUCCAGACACCUAAUAUAGAGAUCUUCAAGCUACCGGUUGACCUUAUAGCUGAUAUGUAUGUAGAGACUGGAAAUCAUCAGCACCAUGACCAACUACGAAAAUCUACCGUUAUAUGCAGUAAAUGUUAAAGUUUUCGUUAAAGUGGGACUCAUCGACUCAACUGGCUAUACGAAGGGACUUCUAUUUUGCUUAAUACCAAUAAUAACAUAUGUGGGGCAAAUCAUGCAUAUAUUUAAGUCAUGGAAUGAGGACAUUGGCGAGACGAGUAUGAAUCUUCACAUAUUGUUGCUUAAAACGCAUUGUUUAGUUCGUUUAUGGCUCAUGGUGAAGAAACCCAAAGACUUUGAGCGAUUCUUUCAAUGUGUCGAGCAGUGGUAUAGAGAUAUCGAGCGAAACGGCGAUCCACAAAUGGUCGAUACACUACAGGAAAUCACCAAACGAACUCAGCUGCUGAGCAAAAUGACCGUCUAUGUAGCCGCUGGAGGAACAAUAGCCGCAUUCUUCUAUCCAUUAUCAUUUGAUGGACGCAAACAUAUGAUAACCGUGCAAUAUCCACUCUUCGAUGUCCUCGAAACACCAUUCUUCGAAUUCUUUUUUCUACUGCAAAUGAUAUGUUUAGUGCCGAUCAUUUUAGUUCUCACUCUACAAUUUACGAAUAUUUUCCUCAUAUCCCUUAUGUUCGGUGAACUGAUCUUAAAGGAUUUGUGUGUGAAACUAAGAAAUAUACGCAGUGAGAAUGAGGAAACCAUGCUACAGGAGUUCAAGGAAUGCAUUGGGUAUCACAGAAAGGUUAUCGAUUUGUGUGAUGAUCUCCAAGAUUUGCUUUCAAUGGAUAGCUUCUUUCACGUUGCGCUCUUUGGUAUGAUGCUCUGCUUGCUGCUAUUCUUCCUUUCAAUGAUACAUGAUCUCCGACUUAUUCUAACGAUACUGACGUUUGUCAGUUACACUACUUAUAUGCUUUUCACUACCUACUAUUAUGCGAACAAUCUGGCAACUGAGAGCCUUGAAGUGGCCAACGCCGCCUAUGACACACCUUGGUAUAGAGGAAAUUUGGAAAUGCGUAAAUGUGUCAUUACUAUGAUCGCAAGAUGUCAGAAACCUCUUCAAAUGAAGGCCGGUGGGCUAUAUCCGAUGACUAUGGAGACUUUCCAAGCCAUUUUACGUGUUUCUUAUUCAUAUUUUUCCCUACUACAAGGACUCAAUCAACAAUAACUCACAGAUAUGCUUUUUUCGUGCACUGUAGAAUAAAAGUUAAGCCCUAUUUAAAUAUACAAUACUUAAAUUAUAAUAUAGAAAAAUAUAUUGGAUCUAUUACACACACA